AUGGAUUCUAAGACCUCUUUUGCUCUUGCAGAUAUUCAAGUGUCAACUGAUUUCCGCAACGACCGGCCCAGCAUCGCCGACGCAGACUGA